GAAAAAAAAAAACAGAAAAAAAAAAAAGGCAGCUGAAAGGUAAGCAGAGGCGGCCCCAGGCCCGGCCCACAUCCCCGGGCUCCCGUAGGGCGGCGGGCUGGGCCGCGCAGGCAGGGCGGGCGGCGAGCGCGCUUACGUGAGGCCGGGGAUUCGCCGGCCCACGCCAGGCCGCGGGCGGAGAAUGAAAGGAUGAGAAAAUUGACCAGAUUUGAGCCCCAUCCCUGGUCCUUCCAGAGGCAAUGAGUGAUUUCUCUGCUGCAUAAACUGCUCUUAACCUUUCUCCUAAGUCAGACAAUCUGCUUCCUUUUGAUUGAGAGCAUUCCAAACUGUGGUCCCCCUGGGCUCUCUUCAUAUUGCUGUGGUGCAGAAGAUUUAAAAUCAGCUGAUGUUCACAAGGAAUAGAGUCACGUGAUGUAUGAAGGGAAACAUAUACACUUCUCUGAGGUUGACAAUAAGCCCUUGUGCUCAUAUAGCCCCAAACUGUGCAAGCAGCGGCGACUCAACGGUUACGCUUUCUGUAUCAGACACGUUCUGGAAGACAAGACCGCCCCCUUCAAGCAAUGUGAAUAUGUGGCCAAGUAUAACAGCCAGCGCUGUACCAACCCCAUUCCCAAAUCAGAGGAUCGUAGGUACUGCAACAGCCACUUGCAGGUACUUGGCUUUAUCCCGAAAAAAGAGAGGAAGAAAAAGAAUGAUCCGGUAGAUGAGGUGAAGGUCAGGCACCAGAUGGAUGCCAUGGCGUUUAGCCUGACAGUGCCUACGCUGGCCUUGAAGAUGCCCAAUGGACUGGAUAGCAUGUCCCUCUCUCCACCUGGGUCAAGAGUCCCUCUCCACUACCUGGAAACUGAGUUCGAAGAUCCCUUUGCUUUCAAUGAGGAAGACGAUGACCUAAAGAAAGGGGUGACCGUGAGAAAGAAGUUGCAGAGCAAGUUGGCUCAGAACCGGCAGCGCCAGAGGGAGACAGAGAUUUUGAAAGUUCGGCAAGAGCACUUUAGCACCCCUCCUGCACCUCCACAGCAGCACGCCCACUUGUCACCUCUCUCCACUUCUGUAAAGCCUCCAGCGCCAUCGCAGGGUUCAGUCUGCAAGUCACCUCAACCUCAGAACACCAGCCUACCAAUGCAGGGAGUGGCCCCCACCACACACUCUAUAGCACAAACAAGGCAGGCCUCUAACAAGAGGCCUCUGCCCCUCCUUCCAUCCAGUCGGGCUCCCAUCUCAGAUGUCCCCAGGACUGACCGAAUCCUCAUGAAAGCCACCGCCUUCUCUCCACACUUGUCCUGUAUAAGCCGACUGCAGAGACUGGUGAAACUGUGCACCCAAAAGCAUCAGCUGGACGCAGACCUGUUCCCUCACCUAGGCUUGGACUGGUCUGAGGAGAGCGGAGAAGAGCCGGAGGACUCCGACCAGGCCUCACCUUACCAGGUCGCAUGGUCCAUCCGAGAAACACUCAGAUACGAAAGACACACGUCGGAUGCCGAUGACGUGGAGAGCAGGAGCUCCAGGGUGACCCAACUUUGCACUUAUUUUCAGCAGAAAUACAAGCACCUCUGCCGCCUGGAGCGGGCAGAGUCUCGACAAAAGAAAUGCCGGCACACUUUGAGAAAAGCGCUGCUGCAGGCAGCCAGCAAAGAGCCCGAGUGCACUGGCCAGUUGAUCCAAGAACUGCGGAGAGCUGCGUGUGGUCAAGCCAGUUGCAGCCAGACCAAGUUGAAGGAGGUGGAGCCAGCAGCGUGCAGCGGAACAGUGAAGGGUGAACAGUGCUCUAACAAGGCCCUUCCCUUCACCAGACAUUGUUUCCAGCACAUCCUCUUGAACCGCUCCCAGCAGCUGUUCUCCAGCUGUACCGCCAGGUUUGCAGACGGACAACAAUGCUCUGUGCCAGUGUUCGACGUCACACACCAGACGCCCCUGUGCGAAGAACAUGCCAAAAAAAUGGAUAACUUCUUGAGAGGAGAUAACUCCCGUAAAGUUCAGCACCAGCAACCGAGGAAACCUAGGAAAAAAACGAAGCCCCCUGCACUUACCAAAAAACACAAGAAGAAGAGAAGGCGUGGACCUCGUCGACCCCAGAAACCAAUUCCCCCUGCAGUGCCCCAAGGGAACCUCAGCAUGCCCACCAGCGUCUCACUGCCAGUGGAGGCCUCGCAGAUCUGUAGUCCUUCCACGCCAGAGCUGAGUGCCGAUGAGCUGCCGGAUGACAUUGCCAACGAGAUCAGUGGCAUUCCGCAUGACUUAGAAUUGAGCCAUGAAGACUUUGCGGAUGUCCUGCCACGGUUGCCUGAUGACUUACAAGAUUUUGAUUUUUUUGAAGGAAAGAAUGGAGACCUCCUCCCGACCACCGAAGAAGCUGAGGAACUUGAGCGGGCCUUGCAAGCUGUAACUUCUCUCGAGUGCCUGAGUACAAUUGGGGUACUUACCCAGUCAGACGGUGUGCCAGUUCAGGGGUUGUCAGAUAGAGGAAUGGGGGUGUUCUCCGCAGGUACUGAUGCUUCGGGAAUCCAGUCCUUGAGUCGAGAAGUAAACACGGACCUAGGGGAGCUGCUGAAUGGACGCAUGGUCCACGACAGCUUCUCUAGUCUGGAGCUGGACGAGAACCUCCUCCGUUCCGCUAGCCUGUCUAACCCACCCACACCCCUUGCAGGGCAGAUCCAGGGGCAGUUCUCUGCCCCAGCCAGCGUUGGCCUUACUUCUGCCACUCUGCUCAGCCAGAGUGCACUUGGGGAGAGAGCCUUCCCAGGACGGUUUCAUGGACUUCAUGAUGGCAGCCAUGCCUCCCAGAGGCCACACCCUGCCCAGCUGCUGAGCAAGGCAGAUGACCUAAUCACCUCACGACAGCAAUACAGCAGUGAUCACUCACACUCCUCACCCCAUGGAAGCCAUUAUGAUAGCGAGCACGUGCCGUCGCCCUACAGUGACCAUAUCACCUCUCCCCACACAUCUUACUCUGGUGAUAAUAUGGCAGCUACCUUUUCAGCAGAGAUGCCCAUCAUGGCACAGCACUUGCUCCCAACCCAACUUGAGGUGCCACUUGGAGGAGUGGUCAACCCCAGAACUCACUGGGGGAAUCUCCCCGUCAACCUUGGCGAUCCCUCUGCAUUUAGCAACCUCCUUGGCGCGGAUGGACACCUUCUUUCCACCUCCCUCUCCACGCCACCCACCACGUCCAACUCAGAGACCACACAGCCUGCCUUCGCCACCGUUACCCCGAGCAGUUCCAGUGUGCUUCCGGGGUUACCACAGACCAGCUUUAGUGGCAUGGGGCCUUCCGCUGAACUAAUGGCCUCCACCUCUCCCAAGCAGCAGCUCCCGCAGUUCAGUGCAGCCUUCGGCCACCAGCUGAGUUCUCACAGUGGCAUUCCUAAGGACCUGCAGCCCAGCCACAGUUCCAUAGCCCCUCCCACAGGCUUCACUGUAACAGGUGCCACGGCUACAAGUACCAAUAAUGCAUCUCCCCCUUUCCCCACCCCUAACUGAGUGAGCGAGUCUGCUUUCAGGCAGGUGGGACCUGGUGUUUUCUAUCUUUGUUUCCUCUUUUGCACCCUCCUCUUUUCCUACAGAAGAUUUAGAAACAAGAGUGGGGAUUAGCAGGACCCCCUUCCCAAUCAGCAAGUGGCCGCGCGGCGACCUGUGUCAGUGUUCACGUGUGCUCCUUAGCACUGGUGCUCCUCCCUCCUGGCGGGUCCUCUGGUGGCGCAGCACAGUGACCGGAUAGGAUUGAAGUGGAAGAUACCUCAGAUUACCAGUGCCCUUUACUAUUUCCUCGUGUUGAGAUCAGUGCUUUCCCUUCUCCAGCCAGGUUUUUACAUAGGUUGUUGUAGACAGAGUGGUCUGUUGAGAUCCUGUGUAGCAGGUGGUGUGCGGAGGCAAAUCCAAACUCUGACUUAGCCCCGACUGCCAAACGCCACAGUGAGGCCUGGGUGCCAUUCCUAAUUGUGAUGUGGUUAACUGAAAAGAACAUUGUCUCUUGACUGCCUGUGAAUGUGUGUUCCCCCGUAUAUGUUUCGUGCAGUGCAGGAAGUAGCUAUCAUGGGGUUUUUUGUUGUUGUUGUUUUGGGGUUUUUUUGUCUUUUUCUCUCAAAUAAGCUUUUGGCUCUUUUUUCCCCUCCUUCCGUCUUAUACCUAGCAUCGUUUCUGACUGAGUUGACUAAAGCAUCUGAAUAGGAGGGGUGGCAUGGUGGUGGUAACACGGCCCUUUGUCUCUAAUGCUCAGCCUAUGAAGAGAGGAGCCACGAAAGGCUGAGUUCACGUCAGUGACAGGGAGUGUCAUGACAACUACCCCGUGUGGCUCAGGCUGCUCAGGUCUUUGCCUUUUCCAUGUGUAUUUGUUUCAAAAUCCCUCGCUCAUGGAACACAUUUGCAAGCUGUAAUUAAAAAAUGUUUUGAUGUGGACAAGCAGGCUUGACCAGGUGAACUUGAGAGGAGACAUCUGUGCCCUGCCUGGCCUGUCAUUCGCUCCUAGUUUUCCAUGUUUACAGUUGUGAUUCUUUGGUGAGAUUUGUGAACUGUUGAGGACACGUGUAGAGUCCGUGUACCAGUUGUGAAGUGAUGUGUAAUAUUGGAAGGACACACAUUUUAAAAUUUCUUUCAAAGCAGAAUAUGGAAAUUAGACAUAAAUUUGACUUACCUUAGGUACUUUUAAAAUAAUUUAAAUACUUAAGGUGAAGUAAAUUUGGAAGUCUUUUAAAGUAUCAAGGUUUUAGGGUGAACAUCUUGUUGAUUAGUGUGGCAAGUUGGUGACUAUGGAGUGAUGUGUGGGGUUUCUUCUUGCUUGCCUUCCCCUGCAGAGAAGGGUGGAACUUCACUUUCUGAUCUGUUUGCUGAGGUUUCACUGUCCCUUUGAAUGCCACUGGGUAUUCACACCUGAGUUCAAUUUAAUUUACAUCUGUAUAUUUUUAAAAAUAAGACAACAUAUCUGUUAAUGAUGUGGUACAGUAAUUCUUUUGUCAGGGACUGUUUGAUCCUAAUUCCUUCCUUCCUAACAAGUAAAGGUUGGGACAUACUUUCCUCCUUUCCUCCUUAGGUAUGUUUUCUUCAUGCUAUGCUAUUCUGAGCAGUCCCUUCUGUUGAAGGCUUUCUUUCUCUGCCUUACAAAGGAGUGAUGUGAGCAGCAGGCAGUAUGCAGAUACCGUGUGCCUGGGCUUUGGGAGGGAAAGUCACAUGACUGUAUGAAAUCACGAUAUGCCCUAUUUUAUAUUUAUUGAAUUUGGGGAGGGCAAAAUAUGUGUGUAAUGUAUUUCUUUUUUUAAAAAAUUAUGUUAAUUGCAACAUUUAAGGUAUUAGCUUUGCCAUUUUUCAGAUUGAGAAAUUUUUAAAUUAGAAAUUAUGUCACAAAGAAAUUCUGUUUAGUAUCACCAUGAGCUUCUCCUAAAUGGUGAGAAUCAGCUCUGUGCCUGUUUCUCACCUGUGAACUUGUGUCAGCAGCUUGUUCGUGUUGGUGCACUGUAAUGAAAUGGUAAGGAGUGGUUACCUCACCUCCAGAGUGUCGUUUCGUUUGCUGAGCUGUCUUCACACCCCGCUGUAAUCAUCACUAGAUAACUGUGCAUCCUCAGAAAAUUGUUUUGUCUCCAUUGUGUCUCAGUUGAAGAUGGAAGCAGAGCAGCACUGGACUUCCUUAUCAAGCUCCUAUUUGACCGCGAGAAGAAAGUCAUGGGUUAUCAGCUUGGACUGUUAGUGGCCAUUUGUCCCUGCAUUAGCUGCUGAAAAUUCUUUAGCUGUCGAGGCUGAGUUUGCAGUAGGUUGCACCUUUUUAUUGUUUGCAGUUUUCUCUUUUUUUUCUCAAAUUUUUAGAUGUUAUACAUAUAUUUAUAUAUUUAACAAGUUUGUGUACUUGACAGAACUCCAGCAUAACAGCCCAUAACAUCUAGAAACACCUGAGUCAAGUCCAAAGCAGGAAGAGCACAGGCUCCAUUUAAGGUGGUCGAGGAUCCGAAUCCUAUACAGGCUUAAGGCUGAAAACAAGUGUUCUGAAGGGUUGCCACUUAAGAAAAGGCUACACAAACCUUUAUUCUAACAUUUAAAAGAAAACUACAGCUUUCCCAGUCCUGGCAGCCCAAUAAGUUACACACACUCAGGCACUUGAAGGCUACGGACACAGGUGAUCACUGGGGAGGUGGCCAGGGUGAGAACUUUCCCACAUUGAGUGAGACCCCACAAGGACACUUUGGGGUCACAGGCCAUGGGAACUACUGCAGUGGAACCUUCCUCCAGAUUACUGAACCAGGAAGAGCAGCAUGGUUCUUGCUCAGGUGGGGCUUCCUGGAUGCAAGGCCAGGACUGCCUGCUCAGCAGGGGACCGGGGGCAGUGAUGAUGCUCCCGCGGGGGUCUCACAGCUGCACAGUGGCCACGGCUCCGAAUUCUCUAAGACGAUUUGCUAGUUAGCUUUUUGGUUUUUUUGGUCAGUCAAAGACUUUGAGGAAUUAGCUGUGAUCCAGGGGUGCUCAAGGACUUCCGCUAGUGUUAGCCUCUGGCUUGCAUUGUGCUUUAACAGUCUUGAAAUGAGGUCACAAAGUUGGGGAGUGUGAAUUCAACCCGUGAUAUCCUUCUGUAGGUCUCCUGGUAGGUCUGUGCCUCAAAGGGGGGGGGGGGGGCAUCCCAACUAGGAACUCAUAGCAAGGACUCCAGGCUCCAGAGGUCCACCUUCUCGUCAUGCAUCCGGCCCUCAAUCAUCUCAGGGGGCAGGUAGUCCAGGGUGCCACACAGUGUGGUUCUCCUGGAAGAUGGAGCAUGCACAGACCACCCGAAGUCUGUGAUCCUCGACUCUCCAUUUGGCCCAAGAAGCAGGUUCUCUGGCUUAGUGUGUCAGAGCGUUUGCCAGCUUGGUGAUGUAGGUAGCCGUUCUCUGCUCUCAGACCGGAAGUGCUCCUGGAGCUUCUGUAGACUGUCCCGAUUAGAUAAACUCUGGUGGCAUCGUGGAAAUAUCCAGACAGCCUGAGGAUGUUGGGGUGCCGCAAGUGGGACUGUAUCUCCACUUCUCUUUGAAGCUGGUGCUCCACCCCUGCUUUCUCCAGCUGGGUUUUAAACAGCACCUUCAGGGCCAGGAUAAACUUGCUUUUGCAUCUCCCUUGUCAAGUAAACAUUUCCUAACUUUCCUUUACCCAGGGGGCGGCCAUGUCAAAAUCUCCAGAGUCCACUGCCUUUUUUUCGAGUCUUCAGUUUUCUGUUUUGAUGCCUGUCCCUUUUCAGAAUUAUUUCCAGAGGCUGUGGGCUGUGGCUGCUCACUCUUCUGGGGGUUGGUGAGCUGGGAGACAGGUCGAUGAACGCUGGCAGCUGGCAACAGCUUUGGCACUGGCCUCUGACAUGAGGCCAGUUUUUGUGCUUGUGAAGGGACACGGUGGGAGGAGUUGGAAGGACACCGGACCCUCAGGGCCUGGCCACUGCUAGCCCAUCCUAGGUUCUGAGAAGGAAUCUGCUCUGUCACCAAGACUCGUUUUAGACCAAAAGGAGCUGUGGUCUCAGCAGGCCUGAAACCACAGUUUUCUUUACCUCUGUCCAUGUCACCCACGGGCAGGAUCCUGCCUCUGACCGAAGCCUUCAGCGAUCCCGGGAACUCCGCAGUUUUCUGUUUUAUGUGCAUUUAAAAGCCCUUCUUUGCUUUUGAGUAAGAAGGCAUGAAGUGAUCAGGAAUGUUGCCAGUUAAAGCUUCACGCCAAAAAUCUUGAGUAAACUCUCUUUUGUUUUGCUGCCCAUGACGAUAGCCGAAGAGAGAAUAGUCUUAGAAAGUACUGGUAUAGAAUUGAAUAAUUAGCAAAAAGCACAGAUUUCUAAUAUUUCAGAACUAACAUCCAAGCCUAUAGUCUGCUUUUCUUGAGCAUCUCCUGUCGGAAGAGUAUCCACAAGCCCAGCGGUACCCACUUUGUUUCUUCUCUAGUUUUUUGGAGCAGUUCUAGUCUCUCAAUAGUAGGUGGGGCAUUAAGAUGCAAAGAAAAAAAAGCAUCUUUUAUAAUGCUUACAUGAGAACAGCACUUGUAUUAUGGUAAGGCAAUACUGGAAUCAAAAACCUUACACAAGGUCUUAUAGGGUAGAUGCUAGCUUUUGCUGUAGUGUUCAGUACAUAAGAGACAGUGACAAUGAAGGCUCAGUCUGUCUCUGCAGUUCUUUGGGACCAUUUCUAAAGGCCAGUUAGAUUGUGUUACUGUGAUUUAAUUUUUGAAGUUGCUGCAAUUAAUGAAUGCAUUCUGUGCUCUGAGAAUUUGAUAUUCAGCAGCCGUAAUCUCUGGUAUCUGAAGAGAAAAUGGGCUUUCUCUCCUUUAAUUGUUAAUGUUAUUUUAGUAAAGUACUUAAGAUACUGUUUGUUUCCUCUGUAAAAAUGGCUUAGCAAUGUCCACACCUGGGUAGGACACACAGCUAGUAAACAAUCCAGGAUGGUAACUGGCGGUUCCAGGUAGACCAGCAAGUGACAGACUAUGCAAUGGAAACAGCUGCUGAGAAGCAAGGGUUGUUUUCUAGUGAGCGAACCAUGUGAGGCGUUCCUGCUUCAUAAACGAGAGCAGUUUCAUGUUGGCAGGUAGUGUGGUGUGUCUAGUGGCCCUCAGAAGAUUAUGGUUUCAAGAGAAUCAGAUAGUCAUUGGACAUGGAGUUGGAAAGUGGUUGUUUAAUAAUAUUCCUUAAAGUUGAUGUUACCAUUUUUAGUGGUGUAAGGCUAAGGACAGUUAAUACUUUAUCUUUGCCAAAUAACUAUUAAGAUUAAUCUUUUGAAGUAAACCAGACUCACCUGAAGGUUAGGGAUCAUCCCCUCUGUGGGUCACACUAAAACUUUUCCAAAGCUCAUUCUCAGUCCAUGCUCACAGUCCACACAGUAGAGGUAAUUCUUUGUUUAGGAAGGAAGCCAUGUCCACGCCAGAUAGAGGUGUCCUGGGCAUGUCGUUUCUGGUGGCCUGUAGCAUGGAGUCUUAUAAACCGGCAUUAGAGGUGCAUCACACAGAAGUGAAGUCCUUGUGUGUCUGGCCUAGAGUCUUCUCUGCACCUUGGCAUCCUGGGCAGCGCCGGGGGUGGGACGCUCACCUCUUUGAAGUCACUGUCUCCCUCUCGGAGUUCCGAGCAUGGAUGUGCAGAAUGUGGGGAUGUUAACACUAAACUAUUCAAUGGGCUUGGAAUUCAUUAGAAUUUCAAAAGUAUUUACUUUUUAGACUUUUCAUCUUUCCUUUUUAGACUUAAAAAGAUGAAAUUCUGUUCUUUGGCUGACUUGUGUAGGGUAAUCUAAUAGAAUGGGUGUUGAAAGGUCAAUACAACUUUGCAGUGUAAUGAGGAACUUCAGAAACACCGUUGAGUUGAGUUGCAGUGACUCCUCAUUUGUAUUUCUUCUAUUACUGCUCUCCACACUGUUCUAAAGGUUUCUUUUGUUAAAAUUAUUUCAUGGGGAUAGUCACUCAUGAAAAGUUAUGUAUCCCCCCCCCCUUUCAGUAACUUGAAAAUCUUCCCUGGAAUUAUGUAGAAAAGAAAAAUAAUGAUUGCUUAAUAUUUUGGCUUCUUUAAGCUUCCCUAUGUUAUUAUAUUCUGGUGGGAACCAAAUCACACUUUAAUUAGAGUAGUAUUUAAAUGCUGUCUUUCACACGUGUAUAAUGUGAUCUCUGUGAAGUGCAUAGAUGGAGAUCUGUUAAGCGGUCUCCCUAGCCGGCGAGUUAAGAGGAACUUAUGAAUGUUCAUCAUGGCUUUUCCAACAGCCCAGUGUCAUUAACACUGCAGUUAUAGGUUAGGUUAGGGAGCCGUUUGUUGUUUUUCUUGGCUCCUUUUUCUCAGUUAGCUUUCCCCUCUGCACUGUGAUAAGGAACAAGUAAAACGAGAUGUGGCAUUUCAGAGAGAAGUGUUAUGACUUUAUUGACCCAUAUUCCAGAGUAUCAGUAAUUUUUGAAUGGCUUGAAGUAUAGAUCCAAGAUGGUCUUUGAUUGAUCUAAGUCAGGGUGCAGAGCCAUCUUCUAGGAUAAAAGCUGGUCGAUCCUGGAGGCCAGUGGGACAGCAUGUUUUCUUUCCUUCCUCCUCUGCCUGUUUUGCACGCUCAUCCCCGGUGCUGCAGUGUGCGCAUGCACACACAUGAGCCGCACUCACCUUGGCCCAAGAGUGUAGAAUCUUUUUUUCAUUGGUUUUUGUUGUUGUUCUAUGUGUUUGUUUGUUUGUUUGCUUUUUAAGCUGGGGACCACUGACCUAAGCUCUAUAUGCACCCCAAGUUCCCCAUGGAAAACAUUUCAACACGCAAGGUGGAAGGCAACAGAAUAGCUCAAGGCCACACCGUUGCUUUUCCUUGGGGAAUAAAUUGAAUUGCCCCCAAAUGACUCCAGCCUGUGUCACUAAGGUUCGGGUGUCUCCAGCGGGUUAGUGCUGACGCGGUAGAGAGUGUGACAUCUGCUGACAGCAUGCGCCUGUCUUCCAGAGGGUUGGGUCAGUUCUCAACAGUGAUGGCUCUUCUCACUGUCUAGUGUUGAGUAUGUCUCAGGGAUUCCUUGCGGAAAUUAGGGCAGUUUUUAAAAUAAAAAAAUAGUUUUAAAAGAAACUAAAGGUGACUCAUCAUUGAUGGGAGCUCAAGAAAGAGAAAGCAUUUGGUUUCACAGCCCGUGGUAGCUCACCGAGGACGUUUUCCUUUCUACUUCAGGCUCUCAUCUCAGCUUCAGCGGACAGAAUCCUUUCCCAUCAUGCACAGCUUUAAAACUUUUAUUUAAAAACUUCCCCAUGAGCUUUCAGAAUACUUAUUGUAGAUUUUAAGAGAAAAGGUAUAUUAAUUUAUGCUAUUAACAUCACCUCAUAAAUUAUAAGUUUUAUACUAAAGCUGUAUUGAGUGUAAUGAAUUAUGUUGCCUAUGUGUUUUAAUAGCUUAAAAAUUAUAUAUGAGCUUCUUUUGAUUUUUAUUUUUAUCUUUGACAAAACAAACUAGUGACGCACCUUUUUACACUGGAUCUCUGCCGUGUCAAGGUGUACAGCUGUCCUUCGCUACCUUGCAGAUAUAUACAAAAAAGGAUAACCUGGGGCCUCACAGUGUAGAACACCCUUAGACCACAUCUUAUCCUUCCUAGAGCUGUUGAGAAUCGUGUUCUGUAGUACAUGAUCUGUGGUUUACACUUAUGAUGGCUAGACGCUUAGUUACAGGGUAAAUAGAAGCAAAUAGAUCCAGUAACACUCCCACUACUGUAGACCUCUGUUAUUGCCUAUGGAUUUAUUCUUUAAUUUACAGUUUAUUCUGUAAAUUGAGAAGUAAAAUUAAUAAAUCUAGAUGUUCUCAGUGUCUCAUUCAGGAACGUUUCCCCCUCCUCACUAAGGAAUUCCCACUGUGACUUAAAAAUAGAAGUAAAUUACUUGUGUGUGUGUGUGUGUGUCUGUGUUUUUACACACAUGCAAAAAUAGACAUUGGGGGCACGUGUGUGAGAUGAAUGUGUGCUUGUAUAAAAAUAGAAAGGUAACCGAAUGUAUUAUAGAAAUGUUUUAUCUAGCUGAGGGUAUUCCAGUUACUUUCCCAUUGUUUCUUUCUUAUAAACAUGCCAUAUUCUUUGCUAUGCUGUGUUCAAAGGCUAGCUCUGAUAUCAAGUGCAUUUUCUUUUACCCUUUGAAUUAACUUAGGGUGUCUUUAAAGUGGCAUAGGAAAAGCAGAUUCUAAGGCCGGCCUCAUACUUACGAGCAGAGACAGACCUGGAUAACAGCUUGUUUAUAUUGAGGUAAUGGGACCACAGAUUUGUUGAAACACUUUUAUGUCUAAUAAAUGUUCUUUAUAUUCCGAGUAAUAAAGUAUUAUGAUGUUUUCUUGAUCAAGUUCAGAUCACUUAGGCCUUGAUAAAGAAGCUUUUGAAGCUUGUUUAAGGACUUGGUGGGCUCAUUUCACUGUGCAUAUUCCAAAGCUGGCGUGAUUUUCGUUAUUUCAAAACAUUUUUUAAAACUGAAUCGUAUCAUUGGUUAUGGAACAGAGCACCGCAGCCCUAAUCUUUUGGCUGUAGGAAAAAUCAUGCUACCUUUUAUGCCUACCUGAUUGACGUGGAGCUAAAAAGAUACAUUCCUGUACUUUGAGCUUUGCCAUUUUGCUGUGCCCUCUUGACUGGAGCAUCUGAUGGUCUGAGACAGUACUCCAUCAGGUUUAUUCUAGAAAGAAAACUCUAUGCUUAGGGAAUAUAUCAGGGCAGCAACUCCUGAGUCCAUGUUUGAAUUGGUAGUUGUCUCUGAGGCCUCGCUUAAUUCAUCUUAGUCAAAACCUGGGAAAGCUUUCUAUGUUUUUUACGAUGGUAUUUUUGUAACAUCUCCCUGUUCCAUUCACUCUUGCUAUUGGACUUCUUGUGCAGACACAUGCAAAUGAAAGGAGGAAGUUUGUGCUGAUGCCAUUUCUCCCUUCAGUUGCUGCUUAAUGGAAUUUGCUAGAAUCAAUUCCCCUUCUUGAAGGGUGAAAACAGACCCUGUGUGUAUCUGUACAGAGAUGUGUAUAUGGGAUGUGGUGGCACUUUGCUGAAUGUGAAUUUGCCUUGUCAAUGGGAAUAUUGAAAAGUAUUAUGUUUAUUUAUACAUUUGUAUAAAUCUCUAUAUACACGUAUGUAUAUGUGUGUGUAUAGAUAAAGCUAUAUACAUAUAUUUCCCUAAAAAUGUGUGUGUGUAAUAGAUUUACAGCCUUUGCUAAGCAAGAUUAUGCAUCUGUGGGAAAUUCUGGAUUAUUCUGCAAGCCUGUGGAAGUGACAGCAGUCUAGAAUACAUCAUCAGCCAUACUGAGAUAGAAGUCCUUCAGCUUAGAGUCACAGAUGACAGAUGACAUUGGCCACACCAGUUGCACUGCCCGCAGACUACAAGCUGGUUUCUCUGUGCUGACCACUCACGCCUGCGCUGAGCUGUGUGUUGUCCGAGUGCUGGAGAUGGACUCCUGAGGGUGGCCUGGACCGGGCAUGUGCUGAGCCACAUCACCCCUCCCUUCCCCUUUCUGACUUAGUUCUCUUGCCUUGGCUGUUGCUUUUACAUCCCUCUAUCACUGACAGUCCCCAUAGUAUACAGCUUUCAGUAAUAUUUUCUUUGAGAAUUGGGUAGUCAUGAAAAAUAAAAAGCCAACAUUAAUCAGUUAAUUUUGAAAUUUCCUAGGCAACUUUGGAGUGUUUUACUUAAAGUGAAAAAAAAUUACAGUUAUGAUUUUAUGAUUGACGUUAGUGUUAGUAUAUUUCCACAGCUGUCAUCGUUUAAAUAGUUUGAUUAACUUUGUCCUUUAAAUCUAAAUUUAUCCUUUGAAUUUUAACAAAGUAUACAAAGUCACAUGGAAACCUCUUAAAUCUACAGCUGACUCAUGCUUCUCAUGAUGAGAUGCUCUAAUGAGUUCUUGUGUCUUGGAUCUGCUGUAUUUCCUUUUGACUUUGCUCACAGUUGUGACAUUCAGUUUUAACUCUGCCACAGCUCUCUAGAAAACUUUCACCCUUAUAUAUCGUGCCUUUAAAGCUCUUAUGCACACACAGAUCAAAGUGUAUAUAUAUACAUGUUGGCGCAUGUGUACAUAUACUUUGGUAUAUACUCACACAGUAUGUCUCCAAGAUAUAUUGUGGGAGUGGACAUAGAAAUAUUCAAAGGCAAUGAAAUGUUGCUCUCCAGAUAUAUAUGUAUAUAAAUAGUGUUGAUAUAACUGUACAUACACAUGUAUAUGUAUGAGUUCUAAAUGGCAAUCUUUUACAUUUAGCAAAAUGCUGCCCUACUGGAAUACUGCCACUGCAAUGGCAGUUGUAUGUAAUGAUUUAAAAUACAUUAUCAAAAGUUAUUUAAAGAACAUUUAAAGGUCUCAUCUAAAGACAGCCAUACACUAUUUAUUUAGCUUCCUAUUUUAUUGUUGUGUCUGUGUAACUGCAAGGGAGACUGUCAUUUUGAAAGCAGCAUCUGCAUAUGAGAGAUGAGUCCACUGGGGCAUUCUGUGCAUCUCCCUUCUCUGCAACAGCGACAUCCCACAGCCAGCUUGUUUGUUUCAGUUUUAGAGCAAUCCUAGCAUUGCCCUUUGUGUGUUAUCCACCGUCUCCUUCAUCAACUUAGUUCACCAAUUUGCCUCUUCCUUUCCUUAAUGACUAGCGAUCAUUUCGGUCAUGUUGCUGGGGGAAGCUGACCCCUCUCUCGCCGCAAGGGGAUAGAUCAUCUACUCAUUUUGCCUUGUUCACAGUUCACCUUGGAAAGAAGAUGCUUCUCAGGAUGCUGUCCUAAGCGUAGUUUAUUUUACAAAGUUUGAUUUCUUUAAAGAUACUACUUAAUUUUUUUGAAAGAGCUCUUAACUCUUAAGUUGCAUGUACUUGGCAUAUAUUUAAUUCUUACUGCUUUCCCCCGCAAGGUAUUUUUUUUCCAUCUGUCUCUCAGUUUUCUGUAUUGAAUGCAAGAACAUUAAGACAAAACUGUUAAAUACUGUUUUUGUUUGUGAUGAGCUGGCAGCAGAUUAAACCUUGAGAAUAGGGGGAGAGAAAGGUAGACGGAUAGAUAAUCCUAAAGGCUAUGUUAGCUGGGAAGUGGAGUAAGGGUACUCCUAAGGAAGCAGAUUGCACAGAGUAGCUCACUGGAACUGAUAUCAGAAUCAGCCUUUAACACAAAGCCUCUUGGCAGAUGUAUGGUACUAACCAGAGUGCCCAAGUGUAAAUUGAAACUAAGUUGCAGUGGGAAAUCAAAGGUGAGGUAGCCAUUGGAAACCAGCAAAGGACAGGCAGGCUGGACAGUUUUAAAAUGUCUUUUAACAACGGAACUGCACGGUAGCAAGGACUAGCCGUACCGAGAGCUCUUCCUUUUCGGUGUUCUCGAUCACCUUGGCACACAGUAUGCUUCAUAUGCCAUACAUUCAGAGCAUAGACAGGAGGGCAGCUGCUUAAAGGGGACUUACAAACCAAGCGUCUUCUCGAGUCUGUCACAGCACGCACACUGGGAGCAGCUAGUGUCUGCACAGUGCAGGAGAGGAGGCUGGAGAUUGGGAAUAGGCCUAUCUGUGGCGCAGGCGGAGGUUCUGCUGGGGAGGACACAUUUGGGGAGACGAGAGGUUUUGGUUUGUGAUUUCCCUUUAAACAGGAAGAGAUGGUUCACAUUUUCCAUAUAUAUAUAUCUCAAUGAAUGUACUGUAUUACUGUUUUAAAAAUUUGAUGAAAUAAUAAUGGAUUGGUCUCCUUUUGUUAUCUGGUCCUUGUUUAAUUUGUUUAAGGGUUUUUGUAUACAAAAGUUUACAUUUUUAUGUAUAUUUUUCUUGUGUAAAAACUGAUGUAAUAUGUGUAUAAAACACUGUAUGUAUUAUCUGUAUAUAGUGUGACAAAAUGAUUUUUCUUUCUUUCUUUUGGAUGUAUUAAUAAAUCUUGCUGUGACGUA